GUAGCAGCGAGCUCCAUCAUCUCAACGAGCAGCAGCAAGGCCAACAGCUCGUCCAUCUCACUCUCUUGCAGCGUCAACUCCCGACGACACAGGCAAGCAGCAGCAGCAGCCUUACACCACCCCGUCGCCGACCCCCAAAAACAGCCACAAUGUCGGGCUCCCUCACCCACGUCCUCUACGAGGGCGCCUCGGGCUAUUCGCUCUUCACCGUCAACCUCCAGGAGGAGAUUGCUGCGCGCUCGAAGCAGCUCCAGGAUGCCGUCAACGACUACAACCAGUUCAACCGCAUGGUCACCCUCGCCUCCUUCUUCCCCUUCACCUCGGCUGCCCAGGCCCUCGAGAACGCCAACGACAUCUCCGAGGGUGUCCUCAACCCCCACCUCAAGUCGCUCCUCAACCUCGUCAUUCAUUCCGAGGGAUCGAAGGGCAACAAGAAGCAGAGCCCUGUUCUGCUUGGUGUUGCUGAGCGUGGUCUUGGUGGUGCGAUCCAGGGCGAGCUCGCCAUCCCCUGUGACGCUGGAGAGCGUGCCCUCGAGCUGAUCCGUGGCAUCCGUCUCCACCAGGAGAAGUUCCUCGCCAAGGAGGGCCUCCAGAAGGGUGACGUUGCUACCGCCCAGCUUGGUCUUGGUCACUCGUACUCGCGUGGAAAGGUCAAGUUCAACGUCAACCGUUCGGACAACAUGAUCAUCCAGGCUAUUUCUCUGUCGGACCAGCUCGACAAGGACCUCAACACCUUUGCUAUGCGCUGCCGCGAGUGGUACGGAUGGCACUUCCCCGAGCUCUACAAGCUCGUCCCCGACGCUCACCAGUACGCCCGUCUCGCCGUUCUCAUCGGCGACCGCACCACCCUCACCGAGGACUCGCUCCCCGAGAUCCAGGAGAUCCUCGACGACGACGAGACCCGCGCUCGCAACGUCCUUGACGCUUCGCGCGCUUCCAUGGGCUCUGACAUCUCCGAGGUCGACCUCAUCAACAUCUCCACCUUCGCCGAGCGUGUCGUCAAGCUCGCCGAGUACCGCAAGGCCCUCCGCGCCUACCUCAUCGAGAAGAUGAGCAUUGUUGCCCCCAACCUCUCGGCCCUCAUCGGCGAGACCAUUGCCGCUCGUCUCAUCUCGCACGCCGGUUCGCUCACCAACCUCGCCAAGUACCCUGCCUCGACUGUGCAGAUUCUCGGUGCCGAGAAGGCCCUCUUCCGUGCCCUCAAGACCAAGGGCAACACCCCCAAGUACGGUCUCAUCUACCACUCGUCGUUCAUCGGCCGCGCCGGCUCCAAGCACAAGGGCCGCAUCUCGCGUUUCCUCGCCAACAAGUGCUCGAUCGCCUGCCGUAUCGACUGCUUCUCCGACGUCCCCACCAACAAGUUUGGUGAGGCUCUCCGUGCUCAGGUUGAGGAGCGCCUCAACUUCUUCGAGACUGGCGCUCCCGUGUCCAAGAACUCGGACGCCAUCCAGAAGGCCCUGACCGCCAUCGCUGCCGACCUCGGAGACGACGAGGACGAUGACGACGAGGGUGACGUUGACGACGUCGAGAUUUCCGAGGCUGUCAAGCAAAUUGAGAAGGACCAGGCCGAGGCUAAGAAGAACCGCGGACCAAUGGACCCUGCCCUCGCCAAGAUUGUCGCUUCCAAGGACGCUCCUGUCGCUUCUCCCAAGAAGGAGAAGAAGGACAAGAAGGACAAGUCUGAUAAGAAGGACAAGAAGGAGAAGCGCAAGCGGGACGAGGAGCCCAAGGAGGAGGCCGACGACGAGGAGAGGAGAAAGAAGGAGAAGAAGGAGAAGAAGAAGGACAAGGAGGGAAAGAAGGAGAAGAAGUCGAAGCGCAAGUCUGAAGCUUGA